ACAAAGCACAUUGACAUAAAAAAGUACGGACGAGAACGAAAUUAGGCCUUUGAUGGGUGUUCUUGCCAAUGUUGUUGAGAACUGGACCUGACCGGCUGUUUCGAAUCUAAAACCUGUGAACUCGUUGCUAGACCCGCGUAUCUGGUGUAUUGAACUGGAUGGUCUAUUGGACUAGCCAUGUAUCACUCACCGGACGGUCCAUACUAGACUGAACCGUCCAUGGAUCUGUGUCCGGUUUAAUGCCGAACGGGCUGUGGCCUUUACUUUUACUGAAAAUAUUACUCUCUAUAAUCUUUUAUUUGGUCUUUUUUGAAUCAUUCAGGGGUUGUUUUAACGAAUUUGUAGAGAGUUUAUUCACUAAUUUUCAGAUAUAUUGGAGGGAGCGAUUGGUUUGGGAAAUUCUCUGUACAAAAACUCUACAGUUCCUAGGGCGUUUCUUAUGCGAUUUUCCUUGGCUAAUCGCCUUAGCAAAUCGGGCCAUCAUUUGGCGCUCUUUUUGAAGUUCAAUCGAAAUCAAAUUGUAGAAUACCUAAUUCUGCUAUAAGAUGCUCUCUGGUGUAAAGUUCAUCCCUCGAGAUCAUCUCCACAAUGUUCAAGAGAAGCGUGAUUUGGAUUCUUCUCCAAAAGCAAGAAACAAAGCCAAAAAAGAAGAGAAAAAGCAUAGAAAGAAGAAGAAGAAAUCUCACCAUGAUAGCUCAAGUGAUGAAGAGAGGUGGAGGAAGAGAUCAAGAAGGAAAAAGGCACGUUAUUCAUCAGAGGAGUCUUUAUCGUCUCUCUUUGGAAGUGAUGGAGAGAGCUCUAGUGAUGAGAGAGAAAAUAAUCAUAAGAAAAGUAGAAAAGGUUCCGAGGCUAGCGAAGGUGCAUAUGCAUCUGAUGAUAGUAGGGAAAUUCUCUCUCUAGAAGACAUGGGGAUUGCCAGAAAAGAAAUGGGACUAGAAUGGAUGUUGAGACCUGCUCAAAAACCAGAUUUGAGACCACCCACUAAAACUGAUAGUCCUCCCGAUGAACCUGACAUUGAUGAGAUUAAGAAACCAAACCCAAAGGAGCUAAACCCGUACCUCAAGGAUAAUGGCUCUGGCUAUCCAGAUGAAUCCAAUAUGAAUACAAAGGAUGAAAGUCUCCUUCCACCUUCUCUUGUAGUUGGUGAUGGGGGUGCAAGUUGGCGUCUAAAAGCCUUGAAACGUGCACAAGAGCAAGCUGAUCGUGAAGGACGCAAACUCGAUGCGGUCAUUGAAGAGCGUUGGGGUUCUGCAGGUCAAAUGGCUGUAUCAUUGGCUUCUACCAAAGCUGCUCCUGCUCGUGCUCAUCUACAUGCAAUCAAGGAUAGAAAAAGGGGAAUAAUAAAUUCUAGUGAAAAAGUUGCAGGUGAUGAAAGAGAAGAGAGUAAGGAUUAUUUGAGGGAUGUAUCUUCUUGCCAUCCCAAAAUGAAAGCACCCAAAUUUGAUGAUUCUUUGUCAUGGAGAAAGAGGAAGGGACCAAAUAUGUCCACUAAAGAUGCAAAGCUCGUCUCGGCGGCUGCCUCUAGUGUUAAUAAGUAUGCCAAUGAUGGUCGUUUCUUGGCUCAGAUUAAUCAACACCUGAGCAAGGAUAUUGAUGGUGGUGCCAGCCCGUCUUGUAGACUUGACAAGGCAAAUGAAACCAGUGAACCUGGAAUGGUUUCUAACAAGUAUGAUGGUGCUAAUGGUGAAUCUUCGGUUAGUAAUCAAGUAUUAAGUGCAAACCAGUUGGCUGCUAAGGUAUUGCAAUUACGCAUGAAAGGGAAGCAUGAAGAGGCAGAAAAGCUUUUGAAAGAAUCAGAGUCCACAGGUACCACAUCGAAUCGAGAGCACAAAGCUAUCAUACAGGGUAAUGCCACUAGACGUAGAUCUGGGGACUUUUAUGCUCGAAAGAAAAGGGAGGAGGAUGCUGACAUGCAUCUAGCCAAGAGAAUAGUUCAGAAUAAACAGUACACGACUUAUGGACAGGCAGAUGAUGAGUAUGAUUUUGAUGAAGCACCAAGAAAGAAGCAAAAGCAAAAGGGAAAAGCUGCAUUAGAGCAAAAAUUAACUGAGAAACCCAGUUUCCAGAAGCGAUUAGGGACUCAACAAGAGCGAUGCCACUUCUGCUUUGAGAAUCCUGAUAGACCAAAACAUCUUGUCAUAUCCAUUGCUAAUUUCACAUACCUGAUGCUACCGCAAUGGCAACCUGUUGUUCAAGGGCAUUGUUGCAUUUUACCAAUGCAGCAUGAAGGAUCGACUCGAAACCUUGAUGAUGAUGCUUGGAACGAAAUCCGUAACUUCAAAAAAUGUCUUAUUAGAAUGUUUGCUGAACAAGAAAAGGAUGUGAUUUUUAUCGAGACUGCGAUGGGCUUGUCACAACAGCGUCGUCACUGCAUGGUUGAAUGCAUACCUAUACCACGUCAUAUUGCACCUGAAGCCCCCAUGUAUUUUAAACAGGCAAUUGAUGAAGCUGAAGAAGAGUGGAGCCAACACAAUGCGAAGAAACUUAUAGACACGAGCGUGAAAGGGUUGCGUGGUUCUAUCCCAAAAAAUUUCCCCUAUUUUCAUGUGGAAUUUGGUUUGCAAAGGGGUUUUGUGCAUGUCAUUGAUGAUGAAAAGCAAUUCAAGAGCAACAUGGGCUUGAACGUCAUUAGAGGCAUGCUUGAGCUCCCAGAGGAAGACAUGUACAGGCGUAGGCAGCAUGAAUCAGUUGAGGCCCAAAAACAAGCAGUCUCAAGGUUUGCUCGAGAGUGGGAACCUUUUGAUUGGACUAGAGCAUUGGAUGAAUAGAGAAGAGGGAAACCAAUAUCAAGAAAUCAGUACAAACUGUGCAGUAUCUGGAAUCCCAAAUGUGGAGGUGGACCUUGUUUAUGGAUUGCAGAGGAUGAGCAACAUUGGGUCUGCAGGCUCUUGAAUUUAUGAUCCACGCAAUGUGUAAUACUGUAGCCUAGUUCUUUACUUGUUUGGCAUAAGUUUUGUAGAUUUAUUUUAUGCUAUCAACUCAAUUUUAUUGCGGUUUGAGCUGGGUUUGGGAAA